AUAUCCUCUCUCUCUCUCUCUCUCUCUAGAUUGUUUUUGCCUUUUUGUCCGCGCGAUCUCUGCUUCCAUUGCAGCAGAGAGACCAUCGAGUUUCUUCAUUGAUUUUGCUUAUAGGAUGUCUAUCCGAGCACUCUUGAUUUCGCGGGGUCUCCUCGCUCAAUAGGCGGUGGAAACUCCUAGGUAGCCCCUCCCGUCCAACCAUCGAGCUUCUCCAUUGAUUUUAUUUCAAAUUUCUUAAAUUUUAAGGUAUUCGCCCAUCAGUGAUUGAAUAUGUCGCUAUUCUCUUUCAUAUCGUGAUCAAGCCUGUAAAUUUGGCUUUGCUAGCGCAGGAUUCCGGAUUUUUUGGGGCUCUGGUGCCUGUGUAGAUUUAGGUUUCUUUUUUCACAUCGUGCUCAUGGAUGACCCCGACUUAGACUUCUCGAAUCCGGAAGUCUUUUCGGGCCCUAAUGCAGGGGAGGAGCUACCGAGCAGCUGUUCAAUGGAUAGUUUCUUUGACGAGAUACUCAAAGAUACCCAACAUCACUCUUGUACUCACACUCACACAUGCAAUCCUCCUGGACCUGAUCUAUCUCACACCCACACCUGCUUCCAUGUCCACACUAAGAUUCUUUCUGCUCCAGCUGAUGAAACAGCUGAGUCUGCUGAGAAGGGCUCAACCAAGAAACGAUCUUGUGGCAACAGGGAGGCGGUUAGGAAGUACAGGGAGAAGAAGAAGGCUCGAGCCGCAUCUCUAGAAGACGAAGUUGUCCAAUUGAGGGAAGUCAAUCAACAAUUGAUGAAGAAGCUGCAGGGGCAAGCUGCUUUGGAAGCUGAGCUUGCAAGGCUUCGCUGCUUGCUUGUUGAUAUAAGGGGGAGAAUAGAGGGAGAGAUUGGAUCUUUUCCUUAUCUGAAGCCAAUGAAAGUGGGAGGAGACUCGAUUUCACAGAUGGCACAACCGAACUUUAUGAAUGGCGCCCAUGUUCAGAAUCCUUGUGAUUUCAGAUGUGAUGAUCAGGCUUAUUGCUUUCACCCUGUGAUGCAGGGGAAGAGUGGGGCUGAAGCUAGUUUAAUGCACCAGGCGCAUGGAGGCUGUGAGAUUGGAAACAUUCAGUGCAUGGGGAGCUCCAGUACUGGGUCUAAGGAGGUCUUGGGAUGCGGUGGAGGGAAUGCGAUUAAUACUGGCUGCUCGAGGCAGGCCGAUAAUUUAAAAGGAGCUCGGGCUGCGCUGGAAGGUUAAAGUACUUUUUGCUAGAGAGAAAUAUUUGGGUUCAGAUGAUCAGGUUGAAGAUUGUAGAGUUUACUGGUUUUUCUGAUCUUCUAUUUGCAUUGCAAACAAUCUAUAAUUCGUGCUGGACUGGAAGAAUCUCAUAUUCUUGUUUGUUCCUCUCAACCUGUAACUCAUAUGCAGCUGAAGCUGUGAUGGACGAACAAUAGCUACUGGUAAAACCGUGAUUUAAGUUUAUAUUUUAUUUUCCCCUAUUUUUAGAAUAA